UAAACUCACUACAUAAACACCCCCACUCCAGGUCCAUGCAUUUCUUUCCAACCUUCCAUCUUUCGCUGAAUUCAUCAAAACCUGUAUCAAGGAUGAUGUGGAAAGUUUAGAAGAUGCUUCAGUGUGGAGAUUACUUUAUCCUAAACCACUUAGAACUGCAGGUGGGAGUCAUGUGGUCAAGAUACCAAGCUCCACGAUAGGACAUCUUGUUGACAGUCAGUUUGGUGAAAUGGUGCAAUGGCAACAUCCUGUGAAUGGUUGGGCAGUGUUUCACGCUGAAAUUAAGAGUUUAUUAAGUUACCGGGGUCCAAGUUCAAAUCUCGAUCUGAUCGGAUUUAUUCAAAAAUCUCUUCUCAUCUACCGAUUGGUUGAAAAGAUUUUAGUCUCAGUGCAGACUGAUUCACCCGACACAGGCUGCAUGGCUGUGCUUGAGACUAUGAAGUUAUUUGUCGACCAUAUUCCAGAGUUGUUACAAAAAAUAAUCCAUACUGGAGAACCGCCUGUCGAGCUAGUUGCGACGUGCAUGAGGUGCGCCACAGCGUGGAUAAACGUUGAUCGCACCAAUCAUUGUGAGGAUACAUGGAAAAAGUUGACGCGUAUCGGUUACUUUCCAUAUCAAAAUACUCCAGCUUUGCAUGGACAGUUUCAACCAGGAAUGUUUGGUUCAGUGUUAGUGGAGGUAAGAUUUGGUGUAGGUUUGUCGUGCAUAUAUGUUCUAGUUUAACAUGGCAGUAUCCUA